AAGGAGGAGGAAGUUUACGAAGAAAGUAGAGGACAAGACAAAGUAAAAGAAGGGGAGAAAAGAGAAGGGGGAAAGGGAAAAGAAGAGGAAGAAGAAGAGAAAAAAGAAGAAGAAGAAGAAGGGAAGAGAGAAAAGUGGGAAAGGAGAGGGAGGAAGAGAAGAGGAAAAAGAAGAAGAAGAAGAAGAAGGGAAGAGAGAAAAGUGGGAGAGGAGGGGGAGGAAGGGAAGAGGAAAAAGGAGAAGAAGAAGAAGGGAAGAGAGAAAAGUGGGAGAGGAGGGGGAGGAAGGGAAGAGAAAAAAGAAGAGGGAGAAGAAGGGAAGAAAGAAAAGUGGGAGAGGAGGGGGAGGAAGGGAAGAGGAAAAAGAAGAAGAAGAAGAAGGGAAGAGAGAAAAGUGGGAAAGGAGAGGGAGGAAGAGAAGAGGAAAAAGAAGAAGAAGAAGAAGAAGGGAAGAGAGAAAAGUGGGAGAGGAGGGGGAGGAAGGGAAGAGGAAAAAGGAGAAGAAGAAGAAGGGAAGAGAGAAAAGUGGGAGAGGAGGGGGAGGAAGGGAAGAGAAAAAAGAAGAGGGAGAAGAAGGGAAGAAAGAAAAGUGGGAGAGGAGGGGGAGGAAGGGAAGAGGAAAAAGAAGAAGAAGAAGAAGGGAAGAGAGAAAAGUGGGAGAGGAGGGGGAUGAAGGGAAGAGGAAAAAGAAGAGGGAGAAGAAGGGAAGAGAGAAAAGUGGGAGAGGAGGGGGAGGAAGGGAAGAGGAAAAAGAAGAGGGAGAAGAAGGGAAGAGAG